AGAAGGAGGAGGAGGAGGAGGAAGAAGAAGAGGCGUUGAUGCAGUUUGUUGCUGAUAAACAGAGCUCAGCGUUUGAUUUCGUCACACCGACACGGACUCUGGUUCUUGAGCUGUGAAGUUCUCCGCUCCGUGUGGAUCUCAGGCUUCACUGUGGAAGUGAGUGCAGCGCUAAUUUGCAGCAUAUAUAAUGUCCUCAGAGCUGCUUGUAGAUUUGGGUGAAGACCCUCCAGCCCCUCAAUUAGAUCAGCUAAAACUUUCUACAAUAGAGGAUCAGCAGUGGCCGGCAGAUGACUCAACUCUGAGCAAGUCAGAGACAGAUCUCUCCCAACACUUUGAUGCUGGUUCACCUCAUCUGCCCUGGGACCACCCCUUCUAUGAUAUCGCCAGGCAUCAGAUCAUUGAAGUGGCAGGUGAUGAUAAUUUUGGCAGGAAGGUGAUAGUGUUUAAUGCUUGCAGGAUGCCUCCCCAGCACCAACUGGAUCAUCACAAACUGUUAAUGUAUCUUAAAGGUACGCUGGAUCAGUAUGUUGAAAGUGACUACACGCUGAUCUAUUUCCAUCAUGGACUUACGAGCGACAACAAGCCAUCACUUGGUUGGUUACGAGAUGCCUAUAGGGAGUUUGAUCGAAAAUAUAAGAAAAAUAUCAAGGCCCUAUAUAUUGUCCAUCCCACCAUGUUCAUCAAGACUCUGCUGAUCCUCUUCAAACCAAUUAUCAGUUUCAAAUUUGGCAGGAAGAUUAACUACGUGAGCUAUCUCAGUGAGCUGGAGGAGGUGGUGAAGUGUGAUCAGCUGCUCAUUCCUGCUUGUGUCACAGAGUACGACAACAAAUUGAGAGCUUCUCUGAAGCCCGCAGCCCAGCUUCCCAUGUCCCCUCCUCGUAGUCCUCCCCUCCCCAACCAGGUCUUUGGAGUUCCACUCACACUGCUCAGACAGAGGAGUCCUUAUGGUGAUCCAGUUCCUGUGGUGAUGAGAGACACAAUUGGCUUCCUCUCCAAAAAAGGUUUGGAGAUUGAAGGGAUCUUCAGGCGGUCUGCAAACGUCACUCUUGUGAAAGAGGUCCAGCUCAGGUAUAAUUCAGGGGAAACUGUGAAUUUUGGUGAGAUUGAGGAUGUCCACUUGGCAGCUGUGAUACUGAAGACGUUCCUGAGAGAACUACCAGAGCCCUUGUUGACCUUCCAACUGUACAAUGACAUCGUCAAUUUCUCCUCUGUAUCCACUGAGAACCAGGUGGCAGUUAUGAAGACCCUGCUGGAGUCUCUGCCUGAGGAGAACUACGGGUCGCUCAGAUAUCUCAUCACAUUCCUGGCACAGGUGUCGACAAAUCAUGAAGUCAACAAGAUGACUAACAGCAAUCUGGCAGUGGUGUUUGGUCCAAAUCUUCUCUGGGGUCGCGACAAUGCCAUGUCACUGAGUGCCAUCGGGCCCAUCAACUCCUUCACCAGAACCUUGCUUGACCAGCAGCACCUGGUGUUUCCCUAAAUUCUUCCUUUUGCAUUUUAUCUUCCAGUCAGCACGCACCACUCUGACCUUCCUUCCAGGCAACAUUUGUUCCUGAGCCCAGCUCUUUGGCCUGUCAGUAACUUCAUCAGUGUCACUCUCCUCCAACAGGUCAGAUGGUGCCAACUUGAUUACUUAGUCUUGUCCAUUAAAAUGGCCUGAUGUAUAAAUUACUCUUCAUACAAAUGGCAUUUAAAAUUUCUCUCAAUAAUAUUAGUUUUGUGAUUAUGUCUUGCUUGUUUCAAGUGGUUUUACAGUCUGUAUUAGUGCUACAUAAAUUGCACAUAUGCAUUAAAUAGAUGUGAAUUGAAAUAGGCAAA